UCCAUCCCCACAGGGGUGUGGUUUACCUGCUCCGAGGUACAACUGUACCGAGUCACGGAGAAGAACUUAGGAGAAGGAGGAGUUUUCAGCGCUUCGCUCUUCUCGCUCUCCCUUGCUGCUUGCUUUCUCGUAUUAUCUUUCACUUUUUCAUGUACCGAACUUGAACUUUCGCUGUGUUACUCGCGUGCUGCUGGGACGCGCUCGCGCUUUCCAACACCCGGCGGCUCCUUUAUGAAACUGUUGCCGGCCGCGCGGAGCGAUCGUGCCAAGGCGCCCGGCGAGCCGCCGAUGGGCAAGAUGCUGCGCGAGGAGCCGGAGCUCGCGGGCCACUCCGCGGGGGGGACCGUGGCGCGUCAGCAGCGCGAGGGUCCAGCACAGUUAAAUGGACAGACGUUGUCGCGUGAUGUUGUUGACCCCACGUCCCAGCCUCAGUUCGACUCCGCUCCUCCGUCUCGUGCUCCAUCUCCAGCUCCACCUCAAGAAUCCCACCCUCCGCGGGAGCAGUGGGGGGGCAAAUAUGAGUUUCUUCUGUCCUGCAUUGGGUACUGCGUGGGCCUUGGCAAUGUGUGGAGGUUUCCAUACCUGUGCUACCGGAAUGGUGGAGGUGUGUUCCUCAUCCCUUACUUCAUCAUGGUGCUCUUCACGGGCCUCCCGCUCUUCCUCAUGGAGCUCAGCCUGGGGCAGUAUGGGGCAGCUGGUCCCAUCACUGUUUGGAAGUGCUGUCCUCUUCUCAAAGGAAUUGGCAUUGGCAUGCUAUGUGUUUCUACAUUGGUGUGCCUCUACUACAAUGUCAUCAUUGCUUGGACUUUCUUCUACUUGGGAAGUUCCUUCCAGAGCCCCCUCCCCUGGUCUUGUGAUGCCAUCACCAAUGUUGCCCUUUGUGGGAAUGUCACUGUGGAGAAUGCAACCGGAAUCAAAUCCCUGAGCCCAUCAGAAGUGUUCUGGAAUGAGCGCGUGCUGGGUGUAGUCAACAGUGCUGGCCUCAACGACCCAGGUCCUGUGAGGUGGCAGCUGGCUGUUUGUCUGCUGGUUGCCUGGUUCAUCAUCUUUCUGUGCAUGGUGAAGGGCAUCCACAGCUCAGGCAAGGUGGUGUAUGUGACAGCCACCUUUCCAUACUUCGUUCUGAUUGUUCUGAUCAUCAGAGGGGCCACACUGGAAGGGUCCCUGCAAGGAGUGGCCUUCUACCUCACCCCUGACUGGGAGCGUCUGACCAGUGCACAGGUGUGGAACGAUGCAGCCUCGCAAAUCUUCUACUCCCUGGGUAUUGGUGUCGGUGGUUUGCUGUCCAUGGCCUCCUACAACAAGUUUGACAACAAUGUCAUCAGGGACACCCUUGUAAUUGCCAUUGGUAACUGCGGCACCAGCUUCUUUGCUGGCUUUGCUAUCUUCUCCAUCUUGGGUCACAUGGCCUGGCGCAAGGGAGUGCCCGUGGGACAGGUGGCAGACUCAGGACCAGGCUUGGCAUUUGUGGCCUACCCAGAAGCCCUCACUCUCCUACCUGGCUCGAUCUUCUGGUCCAUCCUGUUCUUCCUGAUGUUAUUCAUGCUUGGGGUGGACACUCUGUUUGGGAACAUGGAGGGCAUCACCACAGCGGUGCUGGAUGAGUUCCCUGCCUUGAGGCGAAACAUGAAGUACAAGUUGUUCUUUCUGGGAGGGCUCUGCUUUGCAUUCUAUCUGAUGGGCCUUCUGUUGGUCACUGAUGGAGGAAUAUACUGGUUCACUCUCAUCGAUUCCUUUAGUACCAGCUUUGGGCUUAUUAUCAUCACCCUCUUCAUGUGCCUGGGCAUCUCCUUCUUCUACGGUGUGAACCAGUUUUGCCAGGACAUUAUCGAUAUGAUCUGCCGCUGUCCCCCCUGGUGCUCCAAGGUGCUGCUCUACUUCAAAGCAUGCUGGGUGUUCUGCACACCCUUCGUCUUGCUGUUCAUCCUGACUUACAUUUUCAUCGAUAUGUACAACACCCCCCUGCGUUAUGGCUCCUAUGUGUACCCACGCUGGGGCAAGGCACUAGGAGUGUGCAUGGGCGCAGUCUGCUGCCUGCAGAUACCAGUCUGGGCUGUGGUGGCCAUGAGCAAUGAGUCUGGGACACUGAGAGAUAGAUACACUAAGGCCAUCCGACCUCUGAACUCCUGGCGAGUUAACAAUCUCAACAGCUCUGUGAGGGAAUGUGUGGAGCCAGAGAGGGUGGAAGCACCCUUCACGGUCAACCUGACAGAUGCAGACUUCACUGCUAUGACCUGGGAGAGCAGGAGUGAGGCAUGAGCCCUACCGUGCGUGGCUGGAGGUGGGGGGGGGCUACAGCUUUCUCCCAUGAUCACCUGCUGAAAUGUCCUACCCAGCUGUGUCUGUUAACCCAGCUGCUACAAGCAUGACUCAUUUUACAGGGACUGUUCCCAGCAGACAGUGGCCACUUUUCUACUCCUCUUUCCUGCCUGGAUGCAUGCGGGCAAAUCCGUGUCUGGAUUCAUGCGGCAAUAGUUCAUAACUGAGUGCAGUUUGCCCAUGCACCCCUGGCGACAAAACGUUACCAUUAAUUUUUUCUAUGUAAUUUCUUGCAACAGGACUUUCAAUGGACUUUGUUCCAACUGUUCUUCCAGGGAACUAGUAUACGUUCUCAACCCAGAGACCUGCUGGGUUGGCACAGCCGAUGAGAGCCGCUUGUGUUCUCGGGACUCGCAUCUCAGAUGUGCACUUUAAUUUCUCAAUGAUUACUGUCGUUACAGGGCUCCAAUUUGAACUGAAGCGGCUUCAUAAGCAUACGGAGUAGUUUUAAUAUUUCAUGUAUUUAUUUUUAAAAUAUAAUGACACUUGUAUAUACCACAACCACAAAGGAACGAAGCUCUUCAAACUUGCCUUUUUAACCCAGCCAUUGAGGAGCAAAUGUGUUUCACCGUUACUGAAUUGAUGUGGGGGUGAUGCAUUGCUACCUGUUCAAUCAAGCACUGGCUGCUAUGAUGGAACGAAAAGGGGACUACAGCACAAUUUAAACAUGUUUACAACACUUAAAGCAUGUUCCUACAGCAUUGUUAUAUUUUUAAAUCAGCUUUUUUUGUAUCAAGUGUACAAUGGCUAUUGAAAUGUGUUAUGGCUACACUGCCUUAACUGUGCAUUUAGUAUGGCUGGAUAAUGUAUUUUCAAAAUUAACGUAAGAAGUUAGUGUCAAAACGGAAAUACGAAAAGGUCUGCUAAGUGAAUAAAUGUACUUGUAUGUAAAUGGAAAACAUCCUAAGAUUUGCAAAUCCAGAACCUGUGCCUUUGCCAAGGGUCCGUUGAGAUGGUAUUUUGUCAAGAUCACAAGGGGGCGCAAAGCAAACUUUCAUUAAGCAGGUACAAGGAAGAAUGCCUCCUUUCUCUGCUCUCAGUUCAAUACCUUUAUACAAAGAAGAGUGGAUGUGGGUUUAUUUUGGGGGUGUUUAAUGUAGACCCAUAUUCUUCACAGUUUAUCUGUAUCUCCACUGGUCACAAAACUGUACCUGCAGGGGUCAGUGCAGUUGUAAGCAGACUGCACUGCUAUGUCUAUUUAUAGCCCCAUAUUUAUUUCUUGCCACAUUUCCUAUAUAUGUGCAUGUUUUUAUCUGUUAAAAGCUCAACGUAAAGUGGCUUUACCUUGUUUCCAGGUCUGAAUAAAAGUCCUGAUAUUUAUGGUACAGAAAUACACAUAUGGCUUUAUUGGCAAACAAAAUUGUUCUCCUCUUGUCUUUGAGCAUCUUACUCUGCCAGCUUGAAUGGAUAAGACCCAUUCGGAAGGAUUUAUAGGAACACAGUGUUACACGGUACUUCCAGAAAUAGGACUUCUAACUGCACAUAGUGUUUUCAGAGAGAACUGAUGCUAUCCAUCUACAAUACUAACAGUUUAUAAAUAGUCUUCUCCUUCGAAUGACGUAGGACCUGGCAAAAUGUCAUCUUCUCUGA